AGGAAAACGUAAUAGCCGUAGAUGCCACAGUCAAGAAAACAUGGAGGAGCGAAGAAAUUUUUACUCUUCUAAUUAUUCGUCUCAGCCCACAGUUCCCAUAACACCGCCCGGAUUAGAGGCAAUUUAUUCAGCAUGUCGAAGACUUUAUCCCAACCAACCGAACCCGUUACAGGUUACAGCGUUGGUCAAAUAUUGGCUGGGCGGCCCGGACCCUCUCGACUACAUCAGCAUGUACUCGAACCCCGGUGACGAUCAGCGAAACAUCCCUCCUCACUGGCACUAUAUCAGCUUCGGGCUUUCCGAUCUCCAUGGCGACGGACGAGUCCACGAAUCUUCAAACAACAAUGAUGGACCAAGUGGUUUUGGUUUUGAGUUGACCUUCCGGUUACGCCGAGAGCCAGGGGAGACAAAUCCCCCGACUUGGCCAGCAGCUUUAAUGCAGUCACUAGCUAGAUACGUCUUCCAGUCUGAGAACGUGUUGUGUAGUGGGGACCACGUGUCGUGGCACACGCCACUGGAUGGCAGCGAGUCGCGUGUACAGCACAUGCUGAUGACGGAAGACGUCCAGUUACAGCCCAUCACGACCUCGUUCGGGGUCGUCAACUUCGUGCAGAUUGUCGGCGUGUGUAGCGAGGAACUGAAGGCCGCCCAGCACUGGAACGGGCCGGGCGUCAUCGAACUGCUCCGAUCAAAGGCUGUAGCGGGUGGUGCAUGGCUUGUAACUGACAUGAGGAGAGGCGAAACCGUCUUUGAAAUGGACCCAACACUCCAGGACCGCGUGGACCAUGGCAUUGAGACGGAGGGCUCUAAUCUGAGUGGGGUCAGCAGCAAGUGCUCAUGGGAAGAGCUCGGUGACCCAGAGCGUGACGACGACAAGGAGAACCGCUACAUAGACAGGGAGAGGCGUGGCAGCAACAACAUGGAGAGAAGACACAUUUCAGACUUCGAAACGGAGCAGAUCAAAGCAACACUGAAGAAAGGUCUCAGCAAUACUCGACUCAAUGUGAUAGCCCGAUCUGACAAAGAGGAGGAGUCUGACAAUCAAAAUGCAUCUCGGAAGGAGUCCUUUGACAGCACGACAAGUUCGGAGGGCCCCACCGAGUUGAUACGAACCAGGUCACUGGAUGCCGUCCACAUGAAGUUCAACUUGGAAGCAGGAUCCUUGCUUCCUCUUGCCUUAAGAGGUAGGUUAAAACAUGGCCGCCAUUUCACAUUCAAGAGUGUUUUGAACGAUGUUGCGAUCACUCUGGUCUCGUCCAGUGUGAUUGGUUCAAUAGCAGAUGAGGAACACCCGUUCGCUGCACAUGGCUCGUGGCUUCAGAUCCUAGUCGAGGAUGAAUUCAUCGACGAUAUGUUGCAGGAUGUGGAGGAACUUGCCGUACCCGAUGAUGUGAUCUGUCCUAAAACCUACAGCUGGCCUGAGAGACGCCUGUGUAUUACCAUUCUUCCUGAUGAGAACUAGUGUCUGUUCGUAUCAACACUUCACUGGUGAUAGUCAACUCUCAGCCUCUGUUGCUACACACAGUUUAUCGGAAACACAGCAACACAGGUUGUCGCGAACAGUUUAACGACAACCCACCAUGGCCAAUUGCAGGUCGAUUAAUAGGAUAUACCGGCUACUGGCUGCUGAGAAACACUGACGGGAAUAUACUUAAGUGUGAUACUGAUGCAGUGCCUGUUGGUGCAGUGGUGCUGCUACUGCUGCAAUAUGGUGGAAUUUACAGAAAAUAAUGUUUGUGAAGUUGACAAGUUUAGACAAUCAACUUCCAGAUUUGUGUCUGAAGUUGAAGGCAUGUGAAUGGAAAUGUAUAUAUGUAAACUUUGACACAUAUAUAAACAGAUUGUCCAAGUUCAACAGUGAUUACUUGGGACUCUUAUUCAGAAGUUACGUUUGAAUCACUUAAAAACUAAAAUAAUUGAUCGCAACUUGUUGUUUGGAAAGCAUCAUCCAUCCAGAAGGUCAUGGACAUCAUUGAUGCUUUAUGGAAUACUAGAAAUAAAACAACAGUGUGUUGUUCUCACGUAUGAUUUUAAAACAGACUGUUGUCCAAGUGUUCAGCAAACUGAAACGAGCAAUAUGUUUUCUCAUAGCAAAAUGUUUCGGAUUUAAAAUGCUAGAAAUACUUGGGACUUGAUGUAUUGUUUAUGGUUGUGUCUGGGCAGUAGUAUCAUUAGUUAUUGUCUGCAAGUCAUUAUGAAUGCAUCCCAUUUAAAAGGUUUCAUGGACUGUGUGUGAAAGACUUACUCAUAUAUGACAGUUACGUUGUCUCGAAACAUUAACUUGAUAUAUUGUGUAUAAUUUAUCAACGCAUUAUGCAUGAUAGUGCUUUUAGUUAUUAUAUAUAUCUAUUAUAAAAUAUAUCUUAUUCUUAUCUUCAGUGAUGAGAUCUAUUAUAAAAUAUAUCUUAUUCUUAUCUUCAGUGAUGAGAGUUUGUAUAGUUCAUACAUGGCCAACCCUUGAGGUUGAAGAGAUUAUCCCAAGUUUGCUGCAAUGGCAACACAUUUUCCCGUCAGUUUUUUUAGUGACUAACAUUACACAUUAAGACAGUUUCUGGUUCACACAAUCACUGCAUGGUAAAUGUAGAUAACAAAUUGUUACGCCCUGCGGUUGUGUGAGGUGGGAUGAUAAAUACUUUAAAAACUGCGGUAGAUAACAACUUGUUACGGACCAGCCCUGCGGUUGUGUGAGGUAGGAUGAUUAAUACUUUAAAAACUGUGGUACAUUUUUAAAAUUGAUUUUAUGUAUCUGGUUGUAAAUAAUUGUCAUGUCUCCCAUUCAUUUCAUGCAUGUCUCGGUAGCCAUGGCAACAUAAUGUGACCUGUUCAUUACAGGUUCAAUAUCACCAAUUAUUCAGCUACCUUGUAAUAAUAAAUAUAUGUACAUGU